UGCCUUAUUGGCAACCUAAAAAUUCGUUUACAAACCUCUCUCUAUCUUCCACGUAACGAUCUGAUCUAAAUCAAAAUACAGAAUAUUCCAUUUUCACCGCUUCCUAAUCCCUUUAUUUCCCCCAAAUUUUCAAACCCUAACAUCACAAAUCUACGUGUUGAUCUCUUCAAAUCUUCAACAAACCAAUCAAUUUCCGUCUUCUUUCUCUUCGUCUCCGAUUAUUUUUAACUUACAGGGUUCUAGCUUCGAUUAUCGCAGUUCAUCAUGAAGUUCCUGGAAUGUGCUCCUUUGGAUCGGCUUAGCGAUUUCUUGAGUAAUUUGAAUCUGGGAGAACGUACUAUCAAAGGAUGCAUUGAAGCUUACAGUUGUAAGCAUUCUGGAGCAGAUAAGAAACUCUCCAUCAGUUUGAGUAAUGAGAUUCUUGAUUAUCUUGGAAAAUCAUCUGACAACGACUCUCCCUCACCGGUUGACUCCUUAUCCUCACCGGUUGACUCCUUAUCAGCCAGAACCAGCCGGAAGACAUUGGUUUACCUAGUUCUUGCCCUCUAUCACAUGUAUCCAGAUUAUGAUUUCAGCGCAGUUAAAGCUCACCAGUUUUUCACAGAGGAAUCAUGGGACAGUUUUAAGCAGAUUUUUGAAGCCUACAUGUUUGAAGCCUCAAAGGAAUGGGCUGAAACCUUUGGGGGUGUUUCUCUGCUGGAUGCCUUGUUCAAGGCCGUUGAUGAGGUGGUGUCAUUAGACGAUUGCGAAAUUUAUGGUUAUUUACCUGAUUCUGAGGCAGAUCCGUUACCAGAGAGAGGAGCCAUCUGGUCCUUUAAUUUCUUGUUUUACAAUAGAAAGCUUAAGCGGAUUGUGACUUUUCGUUUAAGCUGUUUUAGUAACUUGAUUGCUGAUGGAUUUUCUUUGGACGAGAUAUGUGACGAGUACGAUGAAGAAAUAUUUGCUGACAUGGAUAUUUGAGUUAACAUAAUAUCUAUUAUGUUAGCAUAUCCAGACACCCAUCCUCCAAUGUGCAGUUUCUGUAGUGCAAGAUCUAUGUGCAGUUCUGUAAUAUAAUGAGUUAUGUGGCGCCCUAGUCAUAGAUGUGGUAUUUCUAGGUUGCUACUUGCAACCCUUCAUGUAUGCAUGUUGUAGAUUUAGCAUAUCAUACUAUCUUUCUUGAGUGUCCAUUGUAGUAGAUUUGGAAUCUCUACCUAUAUUAUAUGUGCAUGUAACUAAUCUUAGUCAGGACACCUCUAGUGCAGUAAUAACAAAAACGUACUUAUUCGAUGGAGCAACGAUUAUUAAUGAAUAUUAAUAAAAUACACUACUCAGAAAUCCUGUCUAAUCCACCGUAAUUUAUUUUUGGUGAAUGAAGACAAGGUGUUGUAUCGACAA